AUGAAUCAAGGGGUCUUUGUGACUCUUACUCGUCCUAUAAUUCCAAUUUCUGUCUCCUCUCAAGAGAAGAUGAGUGAAGAAUCGCAGCUGGAAAGAUCUGCUCCUAGUGAGCUCAUUGUUUUUAAAGCCAAAUAUCGCGCUGCUAUCAAGAGCUUCCAAAUUUCCAAAAACACCCCCAUGGAUGAUGUUAUGAAACGCAUCCUUGAAUCUUUUCAGGAAUCCGCGACGGAGUCAAAGAAAUUUCGAUUGGGUAUGUUUUCUGGUGAUUCAUUGAUCGGUUACAUCUCUAGCUCAAAACGUUUUCUCCUCAAGAAUGAUCUGGUGGAGCUUGUGCUGGCGCCGGAGUUCUCUUCUAAGGAGUUGACUGCGUUACUGGCCUGCAUCUGUGAGUGCCUUCACAACUCAGAACGUCUAGACGAGGUUGAAAAUCUCUCGGAACGCGUUGAGGAAUUGUUGCAUUCCAUGUCCUGUGGCGAGUUUAUCGACCACUUUUUCAUAAAUGGUGGUGUAAACGUCCUUUUUGACGCUGUCACUGCUACCAGGCGAGUUGUAUUUGAGUUCCUAUUGGCCAUAUUUCUACCCCAGUGCGCAGACAUGAAGGCUGGUCUGCGUGUUCAGUUGUGGCGUCAGGUACUCAGCGGAUUAGCUGCUUUGAUCAACUACGAUGCCCUCAUUCUCGAAACGGGUCGUGGUGUUGAUAUUAUCGACUGUCCCUUCACAGGAAAAGGAUUUGAGUGGACUCAGGUGCCCAAUGAAAUCAUCAACCAGAUUAUAAACUGUCAUCCAUUCUUGGAAGACCCCACAUCCUACCGCAACUGUCUCCUCGUUCUCCUUAGUUUCCUGAAGACCUGGCUCAGUCGCUCGAAUAGUAGACAUGGUGAUCUGGCCAUUCGACCGAAAGCUCUUUCACCAUCACCUUCAGUUAACGCAAAUCUGACAGCCGCGGGAGUAACAUCAAGCUAUGCAUCGACAGGCGCUGGAAGUGAACAGGGGAAAAAAAGGAGGAGGAUUUCGGAGUUACAAAUUUUAGUGGUGUGUCUGGUCCACGCAGUCUACGAGGCAACGGCAGACUCUCUGACGGAGACCCUGAGCGUCUUGCCACCUUAUUGCAUCUCCUCUGUCGUUGCAGACCUUAUGACAGACGGUGAUGCUUUGGAAAAAGCGAUUCAUCCAAUGGUUUUGCCUCAAUACAACUACCGUGAUGAUGUGACGACACCUACAGCUCCCGCCACUAGCGCUGCAUUGACGCGUGGCCCAAAUAUCUUCUCCACCCUGAAACUUCCACGCAGUCUUUUAGUCUCCGGUGCCUUUUCUCGCAUCACUCGAAUGAAUUCAAUGCUGAAUGACUACCAAUCUGGUCAAACCCUUACAUCACCGCUUUCAACUCAACCGCCAUCACCACCUGGGCAACCGUCGACUUUGCAAGUGGGAACACAGCGACCCUUGGUGGAUGCAACGCCAAUCAGCGAUGAGAAGCCGACUCCUGUAUUCACUGACCCCAUGGAAACCAACUUACGUGACAUGCUGAUUAAACUUCAGCCCUUCGUGGUCCAACCCUACUCUCACUUGCAGGAAGCUCCAUUAAACGAACGGCAAAUGCAUCGUGUUUUGCGGGACUUAUGUCGUCUCAUUCUUCCCGAAAUCACCUCUUCGACAUCCAGUAGUAUCACCGAGGGUAAUUCUAAGGUGGAAAUCUAUCGCAUGUGUGGUUUUGCGAAUCCUUACAAACCGGACGAUGAUUUCAAAUUGCCACCACAAAUGCUUGGCGUUGUUUGCCUUUCCUCUCUAGUGAAGCAUCGGGGUGGUCUCAUUCGAAAAAUCCUAGAAAACCAAGGUGCCUUCGAGGAAUUUCAAAAGAAUCGUCCAGUAGGAGAUUCUCAGGAACCCGCACCGGUUCCAACCUCCCUUGCAGCCUGGUUGGGAGCUGAUAAGGCUGUGGGGUGUCCAGUGUUUCCUCUACUGCCUGCUGUGCGAGCUGUUUCUUUAGUGUUGUGCGAAAAUUUUGCCAUCAUUGGCAAUCCCUUUGUGGAGGACGAACAACUAAAUCCCCUACUCUUCCAGAGCUCACCCAAUGCAGACUCCGUGUUCCUAGAGCUCUUUCUCCACUGUUUUGAUACUUUCUACGACUUCUGGUUCGCCUUGAACGCUGAGCCAUGUGAUUUGGAAACGAUUGCACGAGCACUGAGCGUAAGCUUGAAAAACGCAAUUUCCAGUUGCCCAUAUACGUUUGAGGAGUUUGCCAGAGAGUUGUCCAAUUUCUCUCUGGAUUCCGUUGAACGCGAGUGGCGGAUGCGAGAGGAGGAGAAGGAGAAGAACCACCCGGCAGUUCAGGAACUGCACCGGGAUUUGGUGAAGCAGCAUACUGAGACGGUUACCAAGCAACGGCUAUUUACCAUGAGCCAUGGUCCACCGCUGGUCUACAUGAAACAUACAAAAAAAGGGGUGCAACGUUUGCGUGUUUCUCUAUCAUCAGAUCAAAAUCUUCUUCUAGUUCGGGAUUCCGACAACCGCAUUGUGGAAAUAUGGCCUCUCUCAUCAAUUGUCACAAUGGCUCCUGGUUCUGGUUUCAGGAAAGGCAAGCAUCGUGAUUGGUCUGUUGUCUUGACGAUUGACACAGAACAACCAACUGAGCAAGAGAUGGAUAUCAUGGUACGUCCCUCUUCGGCGAAACAAAAUCGGCUCAAUCAAAUCAUUCUCGGGGCUCCAUCGGAGUACAUCCAGACCUCGUGGGUUGACGGUUUUAGCUGCCUCCGAAAAGAGAAGUUUACCAGUGCUGCAUUCGCUGAUGAUGUGAAUUUGAUCUCCAACUUGGAACUUCGUAUCCGACUGUUUGGGUUGAAUUUGGAUACAGUUCCAACCAAAUCGGUUGAACGGCCGCCAUCCUACCCCGAUCUUGAAGGUCAGUCGAAACUCACCAGCCUGCACCGCAGUACUUGGCCCACGUGGUCACUGCACGCCCGUAAUUUAAUUCAUAGAAUGGUUUCGCAUAUCAAGUGUAGUUCUGCAUCUUUUUGUAACGCCGAUGAGGUUCUUAGUAUAUUAGAGGUUAAUUUAAAGACUGGCUUGACGAACUCUGAAGCCCUACGCAGAUAUGAAGAAAUUGGACCCAAUGAAUUUCAAGCCAAACCGCCAGACCCGCUAUGGCUGAAAUAUCUUAAGCACUUUUUUGAACCCAUGAUUGGCCUUCUCAUUGUCUCCGCUUUUGUCAGUAUACUUAUGGGACAGUUUGAUGACGCUGUUAGCAUUUCCACGGCCAUUCUUAUUGUGGUCACAGUGGGUUUUGUACAGGGCUAUAGAUCAGAAAAGACGAUUGAGUCUUUAAAAAAGUUAAUGCCUCCCAAGUGUAAUUGGUAUGUGUAUCUCUUCAUAAUUAUUUUGCGUCAAUUUAGCUUGCGUGAGGGGAAACUUUAUUCAAUAGUUGCCUCCAAUCUUGUUCCUGGUGAUGUCGUUUACCUUUCCCUUGGAGAUCGUGUUCCUGCCGAUCUACGCAUAAUUGAAUCCUCCGAUUUACGAAUCGACGAGUCAAACUUGACUGGAGAGACUAAGGCUGUUGCCAAGCGCUCUAAUCGUCUCCCUUCACAGCCCUCUGAUCCCCGUCUCCCAAAGACUACUGAAGGAGCUCAUCGUCUCACCAACAUUGCUUUCAUGGGCACUUUGGUCCGUUCGGGCAAUGCAAUUGGCGUAGUUAUAGCAACCGGGGAGCACUCAGAAUUUGGCGAAGUGUUUAAGAUGAUGCAAACAGAAGAGGCUCCGAGAACUCCACUACAGAAGAGCAUGGACCGGUUGGGGAAGCAUUUAUCGAUUAUUUCAGGCGUUAUUAUUCUUGGCAUUGUAUUUCUUGGCCUUGCUCAGGGGCGAAAUCUCCUAGAAUUGAUUACCGUGGCUGUCAGUCUCGCUGUGGCUGCGAUCCCUGAAGGUUUGCCUAUUGUAGUGACAGUUACUUUAGCCAUUGGCCAAAUGAGAAUGGCCGCAAGGAAUGCUAUAAUAAAAAAACUGCCUGCUGUUGAAACGUUGGGCUGCGUGAACGUGAUUUGCGCUGACAAAACGGGCACCAUGACAAAGAACGAAAUGACGGUGACAUACGUGGUCACCAGUGCCUUGGAACGCGCCACUGUGAGUGGUGUGGGCUAUAGCCCGGCUAACGGGGCCAUCACUCUGGAGCGCAGGUCGCAUUCUGCUCUGCAUCAUGCCAAUCUUCACCGAUUGGUCGAGAUUGGAGCCCUGUGCAAUAAUGCCUCUCUGAAGGAUGGCGUUCUCUGCGGGCAGCCCACAGAGGGUGCUUUGCUUUGCUUAGCAGCAAAAAAACCCUGCACCUCCAGCUACUUCAUCAAAGGCGCGCCAGACCGUGUGAUUCCGCUCUGUACGUAUUAUCGUUCCACGGCUAUCACCUCUAUCACUGAAUUAGGCCCAGUGGCACCGCUAGGCGAGUCGGAACGUCUCGGUAUUUUAGCAGAGGCAUCACGCAUGGCAGCGAGCGGUGGUCUGCGAGUUCUGGCACUUGCAGAAGGCUCCUCUGUCGAUGGCGAAUUUAUCCUUGCCGGGUUGGUGGGUCUCCUAGACCCUCCAAGACCUGAUGUGGAGAGUGCGGUGGAGACGUGCUAUCUAUCCGGUGUGCGUGUUAUCAUGAUCACUGGUGACUCGAAGGAGACAGCUUGUGCUAUCGGCUCCCGCCUUUCACUCUACCGAUCAGGUGACAUGUGUUUAAGUGGAGACGAGGUGGAGGCAAUGGACAUGCAUCAGUUGCAGUCGCAAAUCCACUGUGUCACUGUCUUUUACCGCACUGGUCCGCGUCACAAAUGUAAAAUUGUUAAGGCGCUGCAAAACCGCGGCUUGGUAGUGGCCAUGACUGGGGACGGAGUGAAUGACGCAAUCGCACUUAAGUCGGCUGACAUCGGAGUGGCCAUGGGCGCUAGCGGCACCGACGUCUGUAAGGAGGCCGCAGACGUCGUUCUCCUCGAUGACGCCUUUGCCUCCGUCCUAGCGGCUAUGGAGGAAGGCAAGGCGCUCUUCGCCAACAUCUGCAAUUUUAUCCGCUUUCAACUCUCUACAUCCAUCGCUGCUCUCUCGUUAAUAGCGGUGUCUACAACCCUCUCCCUACCCAAUCCUCUGAACGCCAUGCAGAUCCUUUACAUUAACAUUCUGAUGGACGGCCCGCCAGCCCAAUCCCUUGGUGUUGAACCACCGGACGCUGAUGUUGUAAAUCAGCCACCGCGCCAUGUCCAGGAGUCGAUAUUGGAUAGACGCCUCAUUAAGAGCGUUCUCAUCUCGGCCCUUACGAUUGUUUGUGGAACCCUCUUUGUAUUUCAUCGUGAAAUGACUGCCGACGGGAAGGUUACACCUCGUGACACAACAAUGACCUUCACUUGUUUUGUCCUUUUUGACAUGUUCAACGCACUUUCCUGCCGAUCCCAGAAAAAGUCAAUCUUCAAAAUCGGCUUUUUCUCAAAUCGCGUUUUUGUGGUGGCCGUAAGUUUGUCUUUGAUCGGGCAGAUUUGUGUUAUCUACUUCCCACCGCUUCAAUCUGUCUUCCAAACUGAGGCCAUCUUUGCCAGUGAUUGGCUUCUUCUCCUCGCCAUAUCAAGCAGCGUUUUUAUAAUUUCGGAGUAUCGCAAGUCGAAAAUAAGUGUGUUGCAACUGCUUUACCCAUGGAAGUUCUUCCAUCGUCUCUGGGGGAGGCUUCAACGCUAUCUUCAUCGUGGCUCCUGUACUGAAAUCUCAAAGUCCAUUGUCUAG